AUGCUGGAACCAAUAUCUGCUGGAAGAUUGAGAGGACAAACCAAAGAUGAUCCAGCGCCAUCGUCACUGUCAUCAUCAAUAUGGCCAUCUGCUCGACUUGCUAGAAAUGAUCCAAACCAAUCCACGUUAUCAUCAAUAUGGUCAUCUAGCAGGCUUGCCCAAAACUCUGGUAACAAUCAAUCCACAACAGAUGACUCAUCGGGCGAAUCCCUAUUUGGAAGGACUCUUUCCAAUUUCUUGUCCUAUUCUUCUCCGACCCCAAAACCAACCAAGCUAGAAUCUUCUGAAGUAAACUCGCUUCCUUCCAUCUGUUUGGAAAGCCCUGAUGAUCCUGUAUGCGACAAACUCCAUUGGGCUUACUACCACCCGGAAUACUAUACACGAGGCAAGGAGAAUUUCCCUCCUAAUGAAGAGAAUGGUCCCACGCCGUCGCCAGUAUCACCUCGAACGGCCAAUGUUCCAACGGUCCGAUACAUGGCCACAUCUUCGCCCACGAGAGACAUGUGCUAUGGAAACAUGGCCAAAUUCAUGCACGGCAAGUUUUGUCAUUCGGAAAUGCCCUCGGUGUCCAGUGAGCCCUCUGAGCAACCCACCUAUUUUCCAACGAGUGUUGAAGGAGAAGACUCUCGUCCAGUGGGGUCUGCAUCUACUCCCGUACCGAGUGAAUCUCCAAGUGCAGCUCCUUCCCACUGGCCUAGUGAAUCGCCAAGCGCAUCUCCUUCCUACUGGCCUAGUGAAUCGCCAAGCGCAUCUCCUAGUAUCGAUAUGGACGAUGAUGUUGUCCAUUUCGAAGAUCCAGAUUCCGAAGAUGUGGCACCCACACCUUCGCCGACCCAGGCGCCCACACUUUCCUGGCGCGAGUUUCCGACGCACCCUCCUGCAUCUUUUAGCAAUGAUGAGAGUGAAGACAAUGGUCGACCAAAUGAUGACAACGGUGAUUAUAUCGAGCCUCCUAGAGAUCCCAAUGCAGUCCGCCUCAAAUUGUAUUGGCAACAAGGCUACUAUUGGCAAGAGGAGACAUUCGAACGGAAAUGGUGCAUGCGAUGUGAGAAUAACCUAGACUGCCAAGCUGGAGAAAAGCUCUUUUUGGGCGACUGUGCCAACAAUUGGCAAACGACAGCGUAUUUUGACCUGAUCUCCUAUCGAGAUCACGAGUUUGUACAAAUUCAAGUAAUUUCGGCCAACGGAAAUGAAAAAAAAGGUCGCCAACGGCGGGGGCGUAAUGGCCGAUCGUCAUCAUCCGAACUAUGCGUGGAACGCAGCGCUGGACGACAUGUGACUUUGCAGCGGUGCCACGCCGAUGCUAAGGAAGAACAGCUGUGGAAAGCACCGCAAGGAUCUUUUCGAGACAUUCGAAAACGCAACAAUCGAUUUGAGCUAUCACAAUCCUUAUUUGGCGGCAUGAAUUACUGCUUGACAAAUCACCACCACCCGAAAUACGGAGAACCAUUGGAAAUGUACACUUGCAAUGAAGCAAGGCGGGACGAAACAAGUUUUUGGAAUACGUAUUAG